UCGAGAUAAAAAAUCCCCCGUUCAUCACCAGUACUGCUAAACCAUCAACAGCUCACAGUCCCUGGAGUAUCUGCUACGGCCUGCUCCUGUGUAGACUGAUUCAUCGUGGUCUACCCAGACAAUGGCCGCCUCAGCCCUGCUCAAGAGCCGUUGUCGGCGUCCUUCCUAUCUCAACAAGCUUGCCAAGGCGGAGGACCUUAUCGACCUGUUUCCUCACGGGUCCUAUAUUGGCUGGUCAGGUUUUACAGGAGUAGGAUAUCCAAAGAAAGUGCCGACGGCUUUGGCGGAUCACGUGGAGAAGAAUGGACUCCAGGGGAAGCUCAAGUACAACCUCUUCGUCGGAGCCUCUUCAGGAGCCGAGACCGAGAAUCGAUGGGCUCGCCUCAAUAUGAUCGAACGACGAGCUCCUCAUCAAGUCGGCAAGGAGAUCGCCAAAGGUAUCAACAAUGGCAACAUCAAAUUCUUCGACAAGCAUCUUAGCAUGUUCCCCGUGGAUCUCAUGUAUGGCUUUUAUACCAUGCACAAGGCGAAUAACAGAUUGGAUGUUGCUAUCGUCGAAGCUUCUGCCAUCACCGAAGACGGUGGCAUUAUUCCCGGUGCCAGUGUGGGAGCUUCUCCCGAAAUCAUCCAAAUGGCGGACAAGAUCAUUAUCGAACUCAACACUGCUGCGCCUAGUUUCGAAGGCUUGCACGACAUUACAAUGACAGACUUGCCACCACGGAGAAAGCCAUACCUGAUCAUGGCACCUGAGGAUCGCAUUGGCACACCCCAUAUCCCCGUUGAUCCGGAGCGAGUGGUUGCUGUUGUCGAGUCCGACUAUCCCGACCAGACCACCGAGAAUGCCCCCGAGGAUGACACAUCCCGAGCGAUUGCAGCUAACCUCAUUGAAUUCUUACAACACGAAGUCAAACAUGGCAGACUGCCCGUGAAUCUGCUCCCCAUUCAGUCUGGUAUUGGAAAUAUCGCAAACGCCGUGGUUGGCGGACUGGCUAAAGGAGGAGCCAACUUCAAGAACUUGAAGGUGUGGACAGAAGUCUUGCAAGACUCUUUCCUCGACCUGUUUGACAGUGGUAACCUGGACUUCGCGACCGCCACGUCCAUUCGAUUCUCGCCCGGCGGCUUCCAGCGUUUCUACGACGGAUGGGAACAAUACCACACGAAGCUCCUCCUCCGAUCUCAACAAGUGUCCAACUCACCGGAAAUCAUCCGAAGAUUAGGUGUCAUUGGCAUGAACACUCCCGUUGAAGUCGACAUCUAUGCCCAUGCCAACAGUACCUGCGUCAUGGGAUCCCGCAUGCUCAACGGCCUUGGUGGAUCGGCCGAUUUCCUCCGUUCAUCCAAGUACUCCAUCAUGCAUACACCCAGUACUCGACCUUCCAAGACCGACCCUACAGGCGUGAGCUGCAUCGUUCCAAUGUGCACACACGUUGACCAGACCGAGCAUGAUCUCGAUGUUGUGGUGACUGAAAUCGGUUUGGCCGAUGUGCGAGGCUUGUCUCCACGAGAACGGGCACGCGAGAUCAUCAAAAAGUGCGCACAUCCAGAAUACAGACCCAUCCUCCAGGAUUAUUUUGACAAGGCCGAGUUUGAGUGCUUGAGAAAAGGCAUGGGACACGAGCCUCAUCUGCUCUUCCAGGCAUUCGAUAUGCACAAGAACUUGGUCGAGAACGGCACGAUGAAAAUCAGCGGCUGGAAAUGAGUGCCUUUGGAAUGAGCCAAUCAAUAUCUUAGGUUGACCAGCAGUCAGUCGUCAUACCAGAUAAGACCUUGAAUGGGGGGUUGUCAUCCAUGAGCGGAAUGGGAACAGGCGCGUUGAAGACGGAAUAGUAGUAGCCGCGUACUCCGUACAGAAAUUGGGUGUACCAACAACCAGCUGUGUUGGUAUCUGAGACGGACAUUCAGGCGUAGGAUCAAUAUAGCUUUCUUGUGCUACCACUUUGGAUA